CCUGCAGGAAAUGAGGACAGGCCGGAUGCAGCUGUACUGAGUGCUCUGAGGAGGAGGAAAGACCUUCUGCAGAGACUCCGGGAACAGCACCUCCUGGAGGAGGUGUCCCAGCCCCGAGCCCCGAGCGGGGUGAACAGAGGAGGAGCCUGGGGAUCAGCACUGCCCCCAGAGGUGCCCCCGGUGGGCAUCCGUCCUGCUGUCUCCCCACCCCCGCCAGCCCUGGAGCCACCAUACAUCAUCCAGCACUCGGUAAGUCUUCGUGAUGAACCGGGGGCGGAACCAACGAGUGGCCUGAGAAUCUGCAUGCAGUAUGUGAAUGACAGAGCCUCUCCCGCCUCUCCUUCAGACAUGGUGGAGAUGAUGCUGAUGCAGAAUGCACAGAUGCACCAGAUCAUUAUGCAAAACCUGAUGCUCAAAGCCCUGCCCUCUGGGGGAUCACAGGCCGCCCCUCUGCAUUCCACCCCACAGAGGCAGAAGCCGCCCUCCGUGCAUCACCACCACCACUAUGCACCCCCAGCCCGGCUGCAGGCCUCCCCGGCGGGUUACUCCAUGUGGCCCCCAGUGGUCCCAGCCACCAUCCCCCCACCUGCCUCCGGCUUCCUGCACCACAUGGCCGGCCCCUCCUUGGCAGCCCUUAGUGGGGUGGCAUCUGAUGGCAUCCUGCCCACACAGGCUCCGGGCCUGUGAAACUCCACGCGUGGGCUCGGUAAGCAGCAGGGUCCCAGUUCCCCAGCAGGUGUGGUCGGGGAGGCCCGGCAGAGGCCUGAAGCCUCGGCCCUGGAUGCUGGACUGCCAGGCAUGAGGAAAUACAGGGAUUUCACCAGGAGGGAUGGCCCAGUUAGCCGCAUAAACCGUUAAACCUUCCUGUGGAAGAAAUACCAGAAACAAGUCAAAUAUGACGACGACUGGGAGGUCUGCCUGCCACGAGCGGCCGAGGUGAGGGCUCCUGCCAGUCUCAAGAAGUGAAGCAGACAGCAGGCGGGGAUCUCUCGUGGGAGAGUAUCUUUCCAUGCGGGUCUGCGUGGCUCCUUCUACAAGUCAAACACCAUGUUGAAUAUGGUUCCUUUCGAAGAUGGCUGAGGAAAGGGAGCUUUCUCUGCAUUUGUUCCUUUUGGUUCUGUCAGGGCUUCCGGUGUGAACGUCACCUUUAGUUCUUCUUCAUUUUCUGUGACUUUUUUUUCUUGGUGGAAUGAUGUUCCCUUGACAUGUUAGUAUAAUUUUCACAUGAAUGUCACAUUUAAAUGUUACAGCUGUUUUCAUCUACCCCUUUUGGGAAAACCUAUUU